UUGAAGUUGGCGGAGCGUGGCGCAGUCAGUGUCACGUUGGCGCUUGUUGCAGGAGGAUUGUACGCGACUCCUACCGGUUCUAAAUCCUUCAGAAAGCAUGUCUGAAGAAACCAAUGGUCAGGCGAAUGGGUCCGUGCCCGAGGUGGAGCUUAUCAUCAAGGCAUCCACUAUAGAUGGAAGGAGGAAAGGUGCUUGUCUGUUCUGCCAAGAAUACUUCAUGGAUCUUUAUCUUCUGGCUGAACUAAAGACAAUUUCCCUCAAGGUCACUACAGUGGACAUGCUCAAGCCACCACCAGAUUUCAGGUCAAAUUUUGAGGCCACUCCUCCUCCCAUCCUGAUUGACAAUGGCCUGGCAGUUCUGGAGAAUGACAAGAUUGAGAGGCACAUCAUGAAGAAUAUCCCAGGAGGUCAUAAUCUUUUUGUACAAGAUAAAGAUGUUGCACAGCGAACAGAAAAUGUGUACAGUAAAUUCAAGCUGAUGCUUCUAAAGCGUGAUGACAACUCCAAGAACAUCUUGUUGAACUACCUUCGCAAGAUCAAUGACCAUCUUGGGGAGAGAGGGACAAGGUUCCUUACAGGAGAUACAAUGUGUUGCUUUGACUGUGAGCUUAUGCCCAAGUUACAACACAUUAGGGUGGCUGGGAAGUAUUUUGCUGACUUUGAAAUUCCGGAAGAGCUGGAACACCUGUGGCGGUACAUGUUCCAUAUGUACCAGCUCGAUGCCUUCACUCAGUCCUGUCCAGCUGAUCAAGACAUCAUCAAUCAUUAUAAGCAGCAACAGGGUACCCGAAUGAAGAAGCACGAGGAGCUUGAAACGCCAACCUUCACCACCUCCAUACCUGCUGCCAUCCGCCCUUGAGCCUUCUGUGCCAUCCUCAGCAAUUGACUCCAGUAAAUUCUACUGUAGCAUUGCAAGAUAUUUUAUUUGGUGAAAGGUUGUAAUUGAUAAGUUUCAUGCCACAUUAUUUUGUUAUAAUGAAAAAAUAAUUUGCUUUGAUUAUAGUUGUACUAUCAUUUAUUUCUGACCAUGAUAUAUACAUUAGACAUGUAUGUUGUUUCCUAACAGUUAAAGGUGGUUGCCUUGUAAAUAAGUUGCUCAUUACUCCCUUUUACCAAUUAAAGUAACAAAAAUAUCUUGACUUCACUUGUAAUAUUCAUUAGGACAGUAGGUCAUAACAAGAUUGCUAAGCAUUUGUGAUGCAAGUCACAAAUUAUCACAGAAGAAAUUUAUGAUUAUAAUUAAAACCACUUCUAUACCCAUUUAAGUGGUGACAAGGGAACUAAAUGUUUAGCUUGUGCCUUGUUUAGUCAUUACUGUUUUUAAUGUAUCGUUACAGUUUAUUUGUCAUUACCUUUGUAGAUUUUUUAAAGCUGUAUGCAUAGGAUACAAUGUUUGGAUCAUUGGAUUCAGAUCAGAAAUCACAUAAUUACAUAAAAGGUUGGGAGGGAAGGAUUGUAUUAUUUUUGUUACUGUAAAUACUGGCACUGCAAAUCUCAUGCUGAAUAAUUAAUGUAAAUUUUUGUUUAGCUUGUCAGGGAACUUGCCUGCUCCUAUAGCAAUUGUGAAAGUUAUUCUUAAUAUUACUGUUAUUAUUAUUAUUAUUAUUAUUAUUAUUAUUAUUAUUAUUAUUAUUAUUAUUAUUAUUAUUAUUAUUAUUAUUAUUAUUAUUAUUAUUAUUUACUACUACUACUAUUACUAUUGUAAUCAUCAUUAUUACCAUUGUCACCAUUAUUUUUACAAUUGUUAUAAAAAUCAUGUUUAUUAUUUCCAUAAUAUUUAAGACCAUUCUUAGUUAUCAUGUAACAAUUUGGUAAGUUUUGAUUCAUCUUUAUGGGUGCAUUAUUUUUGUGAUAAUUAACCUCAAAUGCAAUCAGAGUAAUUUUUCUAGGUGUUUCACUGUACAUUGUUCUGACAUUUCCAUGUAAAGAUGAAACUUGAAUAGGAGUCUAUAAGGUGAACAAAUUUUUUUGUUUCAGUUGCAUUAUGUAUAUGUGCUCUUGUAAUGCGCUUUAGUUAGUUUUAAAUUGAAUUUACCACAAAUAUCUUUUGUUACAAAAUAAAUCAAAGAAAAUUUCUUACAAAAUAAAUCAAAGAAAAAGUCUUAUACCCAUUAUUCACUUCAUAAAAAAGUGGUACUUUUUUGUUCAUGAGUACAUCUGCAGUAUUUUACCAGUCUUGUCUGAAUUUUGCUUUUUAAAUAUCUUUGUGCCAGUUCACCUGUUAUCACAAAUAAUUUUAUUUCACAUUUUGCAAUAAGUAUUGUAAGUGUCCUCUAUAGUUAUAGCCUUGAAUGCUUGAAACAUGUUUCCUGUUGAGUACCAUAAUUUUCCAGUGUCUAAAUGCAUGUAGUGAUCAGCUGAAUGGAUUUUUAUUAGUGUUCUAAAUUGAAUUAAUGUGAGAUUGAAAUUGGCUGUCCUAUAGUAUUGGAGUAAAGUAUUUAGACAUUGAAUGUUUCAAGAUAUAAGACAAUCUGGAAAAAGAAAAAGGUCCACCUGCUACAAAAUGCAAUAGUACCUUGUACGUUAUUUUUGUGAUACUGUCUUUUUGGAAGAGUUUUGGUACUGUCUUUUCAGAGUAUGUAAGAUAAGAUCUUAAUUUUUGCUAGUUUCCAAAGGAUCACAAAAUUAAACGAUUCCUCAGUACACACCUACUGUUAAGUUACAUAAGUUGAUAUUUAUGUUAAUAGUUUGGGCAUAGCAGAUGUGAAUAGAAUAUGCCCAUCUAGUAGUUUAGGAACAUAGACUUGCAAAUAGCAUUUUUUUUAAAUAUUGAAGAUGGGUGGGUUAUAUUUAGUUACAGUAAGGGAAACAACCAGGUGUCUCGCCAAAGAAUGGAAUUUGGGUGACGUGUUCACGUCGUAUAAUUGUAACAUUUGAAUUUCAAGGGUCAGGUACUUGAAAUAUACUUACAAAAAUUUCUGAAAUGAAAAGUUACAUUACAUAAACCUGUCACACUAAAGUUAAGGUGUGAAAAUGAACAGUUCUGGGUUCUACCUGAAAACUAUCCAGCUCUAAAACUUCCCACCUCUGCCACAUUGUAUGUACGGCUAAACAUGUGAAUUUAAGAUUUGAGAGAUGUUAAAGUAGGAAUUAAAAGAGGUUCUAUACAAAUAUGUUUCAUACUGCACAUUGCAAUAUAUAAGUUCAGAUGCAGUGUAAUACCUGUUUGCUGUGAGAGCUCUUGCUUUAGUGGCUCAUACAUUUUGCAAUUUUCUAAGAAUCUUGAAAUAUAUACUGUAAAUGAAAUGGGAAGAA